GUGCGAUCAGGCAAUGUGGUGUGUUAUACCAUGUUAUUUCUCGAGUGUGCGACACGGGAUCCGAUACUGUAACACCUUGCGGAAUGUGUACCAAACACGAUAUGCCUUUGUCACUAUGUUAAUCAAUACUAUUUUCACUUACGCCAGGCACUGCCUUACUCACUGAAAUGAAUGGAUUAGGGUAAAAUAUGGACAUACGGCUUGGAGAAAAGAUGUUAUGGUCGCAAGGCUUUUGAGGUCUUGGACAAGGAAGAGAAGAAGAAACGCUUUGUUGAAGAAGGAUUCACCUAACUUAAUCUGGGAGAACAUAAUUUCUAGAAUUCUUGUUUUGGCUCACAUUAUCACUUUGGUGUUGUUUCGUUUUGGCAAGUGAAAGGAACGCUUCUGUGAAACCAUGUUUGUGACCGUCAGAUAUGGAGAUCACCGAAGUCGUAUAUUUAACGCCAACUGUAGGAACGACAUCCUACUUCAUCACAUCAAAUCUUGCUGCGACUGCGGUGAAAGCGAUAUUAUAGACUUGUCUGAUGAAAAAGGACGGGUUAAAAACCUACGAAAUAAUCUGAACGAUUAUGGAACGGAUUACCUGAAGAGAAGAGAAUCUCUCAUUUUACUCAGGGUUGAUCACUCGAAGGGAGAAGACAACCAGGAGAGGUUGAAGUUUAUACCGUUGCUAGCCGGUCUCAAGGCGAACAGAGAGUUUAUAGAAGCACUUAAUCCGAUCCAGGAGGAGACGCCUUCAAGCGGUUCCUCGAACACACAGCCAAACAAGACCAGACGAAGAUCUUCUAUCGUUGACUUCAACUUAGAAGAUCUGAAAAACGGGAAGACGAAAGCUAAAUCUAAUGGUUCCAGCGCGUCAAGGAAGUCAAUGUCACGACGCUCAACCUCCCGGACAUUGAUCAAAACCAAGUAGCGCUGUACCAAACGGGGAGCUAGUUUCUACCUGGGACACGGUGUACUAUUGGUCAGAUGGACAUGUUGAACGUACCCGACGUUCACUCGGUCAUGACGUUAGAAUUUGUGGGAAGAGAUGUACGAUUUUAUACCAUGUAUGUUUGAAUUCGGCAGGAUAUUCCGACGUUUCGACGAUCAUAGAAUGAUUGAGUGAUAAAUAUUGAAUUAAUGAGAUAAAAACAUUUGAUCCAUUUGUGACCAUCGCCCAUACAUGUGAUUUGGUAGCGAGAGUUCAAGGUGGUCAGACCCUACAUCUUUGGCAAGUGUUGUGUUAAUCAUGUCUGAGCGAGUGAGUGAGUAUGGUUUUAUGCCGCUUUUAGCAAUAUUCCAGCAAUAUCGCGGCUGGGGACACCAAAAUUUGGCUUCACACACUGUGCCCCUGUGGGAAAUCGAACCCGAGUCUACGGC